CUCCUCUCUCUUCACUCCACAUUGUUAGACUUGUACUGAAAGAAAACUAGGUUUAAACACCAACCUCUCUCCAUCUCCAAUUUCUCCCAAAUCAAAAUCUCUUUCAGAAACCCUAAUUUCUCUCCCAUCCUCUCUCUUUAAUCAUGACUCAAGACGUCGAGAUGAAAGAGCAGCAGCAGCAACCCUCUAAUUCCACCACAUCAUCCUCUCCUUCCACUCUCCACCAUUUGAAGGAGAUUGCGUCGUUAAUUGAGACUGGAGCGUAUGCGAAGGAAGCGAGGAGGAUUGUGAGAGCUGUGAGACUAACUAUGACUCUGAGGAGAAAGUUGAAAGCUUCUGUGCUCUCUGCUUUUCUUAAUUUUGCUCUUUCGGCGGGAUCCGAGCCGUUUAAUCGGUUAAUUUCCUAUCUUCCUAAGGAAGAUGCGCAUGAAAUGGAGGUUGAUUCUGUGACAUCUGUGACUCAAGCUCCUGCAAAAUAUCCCUUACCGGAACUGGAGAUAUAUUGCUACCUGUUGGUGUUGAUAUUUCUGAUUGAUCAGAAGAAAUAUAAUGAGGCUAAAACUUGUUCAUCAGCUAGCAUUGCUCGCUUGAAGAAUCUAAAUAGGAGGACUGUUGAUGUUCUGGCAUCAAGGCUGUAUUCUUACUACUCACUUAGCUAUGAACUCACUGGUGAUCUUGCUGAAAUCAGAGGUAACCUCCUUGCUCUUCACCGGGUUGCAACAUUGCGCCAUGAUGAGCUGGGCCAGGAAACGCUUCUCAACCUACUGCUCCGAAAUUACCUCCAUUACAAUUUAUAUGAUCAGGCAGAGAAGUUGAGGUCAAAGGCCCCGCGAUUUGAGGCUCAUUCAAAUCAGCAGUUCUGUCGGUAUCUCUUCUACUUGGGAAAGAUUAGGACAAUUCAGUUGGAGUAUACUGAUGCAAAAGAGUCUCUCCUUCAAGCUGCACGUAAAGCCCCUGCCGCAGCCCUUGGUUUUCGAGUUCUAUGCAACAAGUGGGCAGUUAUUGUCAGAUUGCUGCUAGGAGAAAUCCCUGAGAGGACUGUUUUUAUGCAGAAAGGCAUGGAAAAUGCUUUGAGGCCAUACUUUGAGCUCACAAAUGCUGUGCGAAUAGGGGACUUGGAGCUCUUUAAGUCCAUCGCUGAGAAGUUCUCAUCCACUUUUAACGCAGACAGGACCCUCAACUUAAUUGUUAGACUGCGGCACAAUGUUAUAAGGACUGGACUUCGCAACAUCAGUAUCUCUUAUUCUCGUAUUUCACUGGCUGAUGUAGCCAAGAAGUUGAGGUUGGACUCUGCAAAUCCUGUUGCAGAGGCUGAGAGCAUCGUGGCCAAGGCAAUACGAGAUGGUGCUAUUGAUGCUACAUUGGAUCAUGCCAAUGGAUGGAUGGUAUCUAAGGAAACAGGGGACAUAUAUUCCACAAAUGAACCUCAAAUUGCAUUUAACUCUAGGAUUGCCUUCUGCCUUAACAUGCAUAAUGAGGCAGUACGUGCCCUUAGGUUUCCACCGAAUUCCCACAAGGAGAAAGAAAGUGCUGAGAAAAGGAGAGAGAGGCAACAACAAGAGCAAGAGCUUGCGAAGCACAUAGCUGAGGAGGACGAUGAUGAGUUUUGAUUUAGCAUCUGUGAAGGGGCCUGUCAGUUCAUCAUGGAACUCUCUCCUCCAGCUCUUUGCCUUUAUAAUCUGAACUCCAUGGCAGGAAUCUAGACCUUUUUGAGUCUAUCUGUCUCGGUAAUUUUUUUUUUUUGUGAUUUAGGAUUCUUUCUCAUAGUCGAGCAACCACUUUUAAACUAUAUUGAAUUGUAUGGUGGGUUGCUCUUUUCCUUCCCCAGAAUUUAUUCUCUCAUUGCUGUCAUUUGAUUUUACUGCAUUAUUGUCAAA